GAUCGUCUUUCCCGCUCGAAAAAUUCCCACUUAGUAGUGUGUAUAUUCUUGCCUGUUACAGUCGAAGAUAUGAACGAUUGUCAUUGAGGGCUAAAGAAAAUAAAUUUGGAAGAAUUUCUAUGUGCUUAGAAAUUAAUUUUUAAAUUCUUCAAAUUACAAUAUUCCCAUUAUGACUGAAAACUCGAUACAACUCACUAAUGUGAACGUGAUCGAUUCAGAUAAUAUACUUGCAAAAGAUAAAGCUGAGACGAAAAACAGAAAUCCUGAUAUUACUUAUGGAAUAGAUGACGUUCCACCAUGGUAUUUAUGUAUAUUUAUGGCAUUGCAGCAUUAUCUAACCAUGAUAGGAGCUAUAGUUUCAAUUCCAUUCAUUCUUACACCAGCACUGUGUAUGGCGGAAGAUGAUCCUGCUAAGAGUCAUAUAAUCUCCACGAUGAUUCUAGUCACAGGAAUAGUUACAUUUUUACAAUGUACUUUCGGAUGCAGACUUCCUUUAGUACAAGGAGGUACAAUAUCAUUUUUAGUUCCCACUCUUGCCAUAUUAAAUUUGCCACAAUGGAAGUGUCCAGCUAAUGAAGUUUUAGACGCCAUGUCACCCGAAAAUCGGACAGAAUUAUGGCAGGUGCGAAUGCGUGAACUUUCUGGUGCAAUUGCAGUAUCUGCAUUAUUUCAAGUAAUCGUUGGCUUUGGAGGAAUUAUUGGCUAUAUUCUAAAAUUUGUCACUCCAUUAACGAUAGUGCCAACAGUAUCACUAGUUGGACUGUCAUUGUUUGAAAAUGCUGCAGACGCUGCGUCACAACAUUGGGGAAUUGCAGCGGGGACCAUACUGAUGUUGACACUUUAUUCCCAAGUUUUAGUAAACGUUAAAUGUCCAAUAAUUGUAUACAAAAAAGGCCAGGGUAUACGAAUUAUUUGGUUCGCAUUAUUCAAGCUAUUUCCGGUCUUACUGACGAUAGUCGUCAUGUGGAUCCUUUGCUGCAUCUUAACAGUCACCGAUGCUCUUCCUCCUGGACAUCCGGGUAGGGUUGAUAGUAAAAUGAAGAUUCUAAAUGAUUCCCCUUGGUUUCGAGUUCCGUAUCCUGGUCAAUGGGGUGUACCAACCGUAACUCUUUCAGGUGUUCUUGGGAUGCUGGCUGGCGUUUUAGCUUGUACUGUCGAGUCUAUAAGUUAUUAUCCGACAACAUCCCGAAUGUGUGGAGCUCCACCACCACCGGUUCAUGCAAUCAAUCGUGGAAUUGGAAUCGAAGGUUUGGGCACUGUUUUGGCUGGUCUUUGGGGUAGUGGAAAUGGAACAAAUACCUUCGGCGAGAAUGUUGGAACCAUUGGAGUAACUAAAGUGGGAAGCCGCAGAGUAAUUCAAUGGGCUUGCGUUCUCAUGAUUCUUCAGGCAGUUAUUAGUAAAUUCGGAGCUGUUUUCAUUAUUAUUCCAGAGCCCAUUGUUGGAGGAAUAUUUUGUGUUAUGUUUGGAAUGAUUGCAGCAUUCGUCGCGGCUUCAAAAUGCAGACAAUAUGGGAGUAGCCGAGCAUCUUAACUUCGAAACCGACCUGGAGAAAGAUGUGGACGACGAGGAAGAAGCGCAAAUAAUAAUUUAUGUCAAUUUACAUUUAAAAUUUAUGUUCUUGAAUAGCUUCGAAUAUUAACCUUAAUAUAAAUACAUAAAUGCGUUGAAUAAUUUUAAAUAUUUAUGAAGAGUUAUGUAAAUUAAAAUAGUUGCUUAUGUAAAAAUAU